AUGAAGUUCUCCCUCGCAGCAACAGCAAUUUGUGCCCUCAGCAGCACUUCGGCAGCAGCCUUCAUCCAGCGCCGUCAACCAACCGUUGUUGGGACCGUCGAUGCUUCGAUCGGGACUGUGCAGGCUACUAUUCCGGCUUAUUUGUCUACCAUUGGCUCUAGUGUCGCCGUGAUCAAAAACGAGGGCAGCGUCUAUACCGCACUUGCUCAAGCCGCCAUUGCUGCGAUUGAGAACAGUGCAGCGAAUAUUACUGCGGCCCUCACCCAAGCUUCUGGCACAAUCGUUGGCGCUACCACAACCGCAGCAGGAGAUAUCAAUACUAGAGCGGCGAUCCUUAUUCAAAGCGAGAUAGACCUUCUGGUGAAGGACGUUCAGACUGUUGUAGGCAUUGUUCAGGGGAUCAAUGCCACAGUCAGCGUGGUGCAUGCGGACCUUGAUGCAACUGCCAACAGCCUAGUGCAGGCCGAGGUUGGAGCACUGGUAGCAGCCAUUAAGCCCUUCGUCACCCCGGUGCAAGCUUUUGCUUCUGCUGCGGCCACGUUCAGUAUCGCGGCUUCGGUUACGGGACUUCGCAACGCAGUCACUGGCCUGAAUAACAUCGCGGCCGGUGUCUAUGGUUCGCUGGGAGUCUCUCGACUGGGACUGGGACUGGGACUUUGA